AACGACAACGACGGCCAGCUAGGUCUCUGUGCCCCCGUUGCACUCAGCCUCGACUGCGCACUCUCGAGCCCGCACCGCCAACCAUGGCCGUCAAGCAGCCCCUCGCCCGCUCUCCCGCCGCCACCCUCCUCCACCUCGUCGCCCUCGCCGUCCUCUCGUGGGCCUUCCACCAGCUCUUCUUGCCAGGGCCCAUGACCGACUUUAUGCACAAGAUGCAGUACGGCGGCAGGUGGCAGUACCUCACCAUCCUCAGCCUCGCCGUGUCGUGGGCCACGUUCGCGUUUGCCCUCCUGUACGACCUCGUCCCCGUCCCCCUCAUUGCCCGCAUCAAAUCGACCCUCGCCCUCCUCGUCGUCCCCAUCGAGGGCCUCGUCUCGGUCCUGUACUGGAGCAUCAUGGCCGUCGACCCGGCCCUCCUCAACCCGGCCGUCGCACCGGGCGAGGAGCCCUUCCGCAUCCCGCUCAAGCUCGACCUCGCCCUGCACGCCUUCCCGGCCAUCCUCCUCUGGCUCGACUUUCUCGCCUUCAGCCCGCCCUUGCCUCGCCGCGCACGCCCGGCCCUCAUCGCCAGCAUCGCGACGGCGUCGUACUGCGUCUGGAUGGAGUACUGCGCGGCGGGCAACGGCCAGUACCCGUACCCGCUCUUCGACGACAUGUCGCCCAUCGCGCGCUCGGCCUUCUACCUGGUCCAGGUCCCCGUCCUCAUCGGCCUCUUCCACGCGGCCAACGGCGUCCACCACCUCGUGCGCGGCUCGUCGUCGCGCCAGCCCGAGGCGCAGGCCGUCCGCCGCGCCGAGAACAAGGUCAAGGCGCUCUAGAGCUGUACAGCGAGAUGGCGGUACAAGGAGCGAGUAGAGAGGCGGCACAUGUGCAAGGAGCGGCGGUACCACCCUG